AUCAGUGCAACUCAUGCUCAGGCUGCACAUCAGAUCUGUGUCUCUGUUCAGCGGAAUAAAGAAAGUGAGUGUGUGUGUGUGUGUGUGUGUGUGUGUGUUAACAGAUUGCAGCAGUGACGGGAAUCUGCAGCUCUGAAAAAAAACAUGAGCCAUUUAACUCCGGGGCUGAUUGGUGCUUAUAACAGUCUGACAGACAAACACCUGACUGCAUACUUUAACAACACGAGAAUACGGAGACAUCUGCAGAGAGUUGGACUGAUCAGCAGGAGUGGGCGCAUCGUGUCGGAGAAGGAGUUCAGGUAUAAGAUUAUACUCAGAGAUCAACAGCGACACGUACGGGAAUGUCUUGCUCAGGCCAUAUUCCACAGAGUGCUGGACAUGGAGCGCUUGCAUCAAACAGAGAUCAGGAGAAAACUGGAGGACUUUUCCCGGAGAGAGCAAGUGAAUAAAGUCAAGGUGGAGCGCUGUAACAGGUAUGAGGAUGAUCAGAUCAUCAUCCUCACGCCACGUCCCCCAACCCGCCUAAGGAGUUCACGAGCUCAGCAUUCUGAGCCAGAGAGAGAGGCAUCUGAUUCCACAGACUCGUUUGGCUCAUCUAGGCCAAACACUGCUCCAGAGAAAACUCAGCGUCCGGUUCGACUGAAGCCUCUGAACAGCACCAGCACUCUGACAUCUACCAAGAAAAGCUUGUCUCAUUCCCACAACCAUGCAUCAAGGAAUAACAGAGAGCAGCCUAUCAGCUACAUGUUGGACAGAAAUGUGAUGAGACACUUGACGCUGAGAGAUUUCCCCAACUCUGCCUCUCCGUAUCGACUUCCUGUCAUUAAUAACUUGGUGACCCCUGUACCCCCUCUUAAGAAGAAGGACAAUGUGCAAAAUGGGACUCUGCGGGGUCGAAGGUUACGACCCACUACGGCUCCCAGUGAUGCUCCAGAAAAAAAGGAAGGCACUGUUCAGCGAGUGUGCUCUCAGACUGCGGUAGUAGUAAAGAUGGUGUACUUUGGGAAAAGUGUGCGUCUGGCACAUGAGCUGAAUGAGCUGAAGGACGAGGUGAAGGUUUUCCAGCAGCACUGUGGGGGUGAAAAUCUCUGUGUUUAUAAAGGAAGACUUAAAGAAGGAGAGUUGUUUCAGUUCACGUCUCGACGUCACCGUGGUUUUCCCUUCAGUCUAACGUUCUACCUGAAUGGGCUGCAGGUCGAGCGUCUCAGCUCCUGUUGUGAGUUUAAACACAGGAAGAACUCACGGCUCGGAGGACGCAGCUCCCAUUUUGGCUUCUCUGGGGUGGAGGGUGCUGCCCCGUGCUACAGGUGUAUCAUUGCAAUGGGCUUGGAUAAAAAACCCACUCCACCAAAGAGGAUAAGAAAUGACCCACUUACCUCCAAAUCCUGGGGAAAGGAAGAAGAGGAAAAACACUUGCAGUCUGAAUCCAGCCAAUCACACGAAACUGAGACCAAGAAAAACACCAACCAGGAGCACAAACACAAAAACGGUUAUGAGGAAGACUUUGAAGCUGAUGAUGAAGGUCCCAUAGAUGAUGGAGUGUAUGAGGGAAAUGAAACAUCUCCGUUAUUUAGCAGAGAAGAGGAGGAUGGGAGAAGAAAGGAUGAAAACGGAACUGAUGAUUUGAAGUUUGACAUGACAGGAUCAUCAUCCGUCUCCUCUGGUCUGUCCAGCAGCUCAUCUAGCAGUGAAGUAGAUGAGGAUGAGAUUGCGAUUAAUGAAGCACAGAAAGAGGAGGUGAAGGUGAUGUUUCAGAGAUGCACAGUUACAUUAAACCUCGAAAAACAUGCAGAGGAGACAAAAAUCUUGCAGACCAGCAUGUCUCUGCCCAAUGAGGAGGAAACCCAAAACCAGGAGGGACAAAGAGAGAAAGAAGAUGGAGGGGAUGAGAAUCCUAGAGAGGAACCUCAAGAAACUGGGGAACCUAGAGCUAAAGCUGGAGAAGCCGAGGAACCCAUAGAGGAACUUCAAGAAGCUGAGAAACCCAUAGAGAAACUUCAAGAAGCUGAGGAACCCAUAAAGAAUCUUAGAGAAGCUGAGGAACCAAGAGAUGAACUUAUAGAAGCUGAGAAAGCCAGAGAGGACCUCAGAGAGGGAACAGCUGGAAAUGUGAAUAAGUUUGAAGAACAGGCCAAGUCUGUGCAGGAGAAGCUAGCAGAAGCCAUUUUAUCCAUGACUGAGUGUGUGUCUGAACCUGAACUGAGUGACAGCACCACUGAGGAGGAUGAGAUGAUGUGGGUCAGGAGCAUGAAGAAUGGUCCAGGAUCUGAGCCUGAUAGUAACGUAGCCCAGCAGUCAGCCGAUGAAGAAAAUGAAGCUGAACCUCUUCAAGAAGCUGAAAGAAAAGUUGCACACAUGGAGGAACCCAAAGAGGAACUUGAAAAGGACACAAAUGAAACACCACAACCUGAGGCAAAAACAGAGGAGGAAGAAAAUGACACCAAACAAAUAGAAGUAAAAACUGAAAACAAAAACAGCAACAAUGAAAAGUUACAAGAUAAGAACAAUGAUGAUGAGAAGAAGAAUAAAGACACAAAAUCAGAAGUAAAGCAAAACAUAAUUGAUAAUGAAGGACAAACACAUGAGGUCACCAAUCUCACAAAUGAAAAGAAUAAAUCAAAUGAGGAACCUGAACUGAUGGAAAUGCCAGAAUUUGAGGAGCCACCAGGUGGAGAACUUUCAAAAUCUGAGGAAUCAUUUGGGCAAAAACUAGAGAAAGAGGCUACAAGUAAAACUUCAGUAAAUGCUGAAGAAACCAUGACAACUCCAGUGAAGGAAGAGUUCCUCAUGGUAGAAGAGAACACAGAGCUUCAGCCUGAGAACCCUGAGGAAACAUCUAUGAAUUAUGACAAUGUGGACCAGAAUAGUAAAAUAGAGAAUGUAACUGAUGAAGAGAGGAGUGCUGGAGAAGAGGUAUCUAAAUAUAAUGCCACAGAGGGGCGUCAGGCUAAAAAAGAAGAAACAUUUGAUAAAGAAUCAAGAAAUCUUAAAAAUGCAGAGGAGACAGAAAAUUAUGUUACAACAUGUGAUGUGAAAUAUACAGAAUUGAAAUUAAAUGUUUCAUCAAUAAGUGAGGUGAAUGAUGAAGAUGUGGCAGGUGAGGAGGAGGAAUUGGACGAAAGAGUGGGGGAUCCUGAGAUUGAUGGAGUAAGCAAGCAGGGAGAAGAUGGAGAUGGAGUUAAGACAAACAUAAGAAAUAAAAUGGAAGAGGAGGAUGAAAACAAAAAGGAAGAAACCAAGGAUCAGGAGUUGACUGAGGACAGAUCAGACCAAAAAACUUCCCCUUCAUCUGGUCAUACAUCUGAGGAGAAAGUGGGAGAACGAAAAGAACAAGAAAAAGAACUUACAGCAGAGGAAGAUGUUGAGCUAAAACAUGAAGAGUUGGCUGAAAGUGAAGGAAAAGAAAAGGUAAAUGAUAUGCAUGAUGAAGAGGUAAAGGAAACUGAAUAUUUUCAAGAAAACGAGGUAGAGGAUAUAGCUGAAAGAGGAGAAGAAUUUACUAUUAUUGCUGGAGCUGAUGCAGAGAUGCAGAAAACAAUGAUGGAACAAGAAAAUGUUAACUACAAAGAACAGAAAGAAAUCUCUAAUCUGACUGUUCAUGAGGUUGUGCAGGAAACCACAGAUGAAGAUGAACUACCUAAAGAAAAGUCAGUAGAGAUUGAAAUAGAAAACAGAGAAAAAAUCAUUACUCUAGACGAGGAGGAGCUUAAGGAAGUAGUUGGACUAGGGGAAAGUGAGGGAACUUCUGAGACCAAUGAAGAAAAAAAAAACCAAGGUGUGACUGAAGAAGAAGGUGUGAAAGAAAAACAGAUGAAUUUUGACAAUGAGAUAGAAGAAGAAAAAGAAAGAGAAACACAGUUAGAGAAAACCACUGCAAAAGAAGUUAAAGAAGAAGAAGAAGUGCAGCAUAAAGUUGGUGAAGAACAGAAUGACAAAAAACACGAUGAACAGCAAGAGGCAAGUGAAGAGGUCAAAGACGAGCAGAAAGCUGCGGUGGAGAACAUUACACAUGUAAUAUCUGAGGACAUUAUCAAUGUUGCCACUGAGUAUAAAGCUUCAUCAGAUCCUAAAUCUCCUGGAAAAGAUCUUGCAGAUGUCGAGUUAAAACCCAAGAACAUGGGUGGUGAAGAAGAGAUCAGAGCAAUAGAUGGAAAUAACAUUCAGUCAUCUAUUUAUAUUAAAAAAGACAAAAGUGUUGAAAAUGCUGAAGAAACCAGGAGUGUAGAAGAUAGCACUUGUCCUUCAGAAGAAUCUCAGCCACUGGAGAAACUUCUGGCUCUCAGAAAAGAGGAGAGAGAAGCUGAACUUAUUGUGGCUCCUCAGACAAAUCAAGGAGAGCUGGUAAGCAAUUGGGUUAACUUUCACCAAGCCUCAAACUAUUUUGAGACAUUUGUUGAGCCACUGGAUGGGAUAAAGAUCCGGGAUGAAGAAAAGGCAGUAAAUGCUGAGGUUAUGGAAAUGAACCAAGAAGAUCAUGAAAAUGUAAAUAACAUCAUGAACAUUUCAGCUAAGACAUAGCAUCAUCUGUUACCCUGAUCUCAGCUUCUCCAUAAUUCCUGAUCUGCACCAGAACUACAAAACCCCACCUGGAGCUGAGUCAGGAGGAACCAUGGUUCCCUUUCAGGAACUUGAGCUGUGUCAACAACACUUUGGGAGCGCUUCUGCAUUGUCCAUGCAUUGAACCACGUGUGGAAUCUGUCCACACUUUGCCUCUCCUCCUCCGAAGCACUCCGGAAGUAGAGGAGUGUAGCUGUGACUUGUGCAAUUGCCAAUCUAGAUGGGCAGAAAGCUGCUGAUGAGCAGAAAGCCUCUCCAUCCAGUAAACUCUACGAGUGCUUUCUGCAGCCUACGUUACAACCUCCACGUCGGGGUCUGUUGUUCUUUCCGAAACUGCACACUGAGCCAGGUCCUGGGUUAAGCCGUAUUUAGCCCACAUUUUUAGUCAUAAAUCCGUGUUGUAUUCCAACAUUAUCUGACUGAAAGAUCAUGAUUAUGGGUCGGUGCCCUGGGUUGAAGAGCUGCUGGCUAGCUAUCUCUCCCCGAGUGUCACAUCGUCCCCUGACACUGCCCACCAAGUCCCCACGUAACACGUCGGCAGUGGUGGGUAGGGCUUUCGCCUCAGCAGGUCAAGCGGCUGCAUGUCUGCACACCUUGCUGGAUGCCCCACUUAUGCCGACUGGUCUAUUCAGCAACUCGGUGCGCGCAGCCCCAGUAACAUCGCAGCACCUCCCGUCAUCGGAAGGUUCAGUUACAGAGCGUUGUGUCUGGGCUGAAACCCCGUGAAAUGACAGAUCUAAGGACUGUCAUUUUCAAUAAGAGGGCUUUGCACCAAGAAGUCCAUUAUGGGGACUUUGUCAGGAAAGGGCGUGGUGCACCUUAUUACGCGGUGGGACCCAAGCAGGCUCUGGUCAUGGAACAAGAAGUAAACACUCUCUUGAGGAAAGAGGCCAUUAAGGUGGUCCUUCAAUCAGACAGAGAGGCAAUGUUCUUCAACGUUAGCUGAACUGCUCACUAAGGAGACUCAGGUUAAAGAUGCUGACCCUCAAGCAGGUCAUGUCGCAGAUUAGAUCCGAGGACUGGUUUGUCACAAUAGAUCUAAAGGAUGCAUAAUUUCAUGUAUCCAUCCUUCCUUCGCACAGGAAGUUCCAGAGUACCAAUAUCGGGUCCUUCCAUUUCGGGUCCUUCCAUUCUUGCUCUCUUAUCCCGCACCUUCAUGAAGCGUGAGACUUCAGGGCAUCCGCAUACAUCGACAUGUAAACUAUAUCGACGAUUGGUUGAUACUAGCUCAAUCAGAGCAUUUGGCAGUCCGGCAUUGAGAUGUCAUUUUCACUCACAUGAAGGAACUGGUGUUACGGUUGAACGCCAAAAAGAGUGUGCUUUCUCUAUUACAGAGAACCACUUAUUUAGGCAUCAUAUGGGAUUCGACCCUUAUGUGUGAGCAGCUGUCUCCUGCCCGCGUUGUGUCCAUCCUUUCGGCCGUCAGGAGGAUUAGAGAAGGACAGUCACUCACUGUCAAGCAGUUCCAGAGACUGCUGAGGCUUAUGUGGUUCCAUUUGGCCUCCUGCACAUGAGACCCCUUCAGUGGUGGCUCAGGACCUGAGGUUCUCUCGGAGAGGCAAUCCCCUCCAUACAAUCAAGGUUACACGGCGAGCCCUACGUGCCCUAGAUGUCUGGAGAGAUCCUGGGUUCUGAUUUCAGGGCCCUGUGUUGUUAGUUGAGAGUGGCAUAUAUCCCGGGCCGUCUAAAUGAAGUAGCAGAACCCCUUUUAAGACAAGAGCCAUGGCGGCUCCACCCUCAAGUGGUGGAGCAGAUCUGGGAGAUUUUGGCAGGGCUAAAGUGGACCUGUUUGGGACCCAUGAGAUGUCGCACUGUCCCCUCUGGUUCUCCCUUACAACUCCAGCCCCCCUCGGGCUGGACCAUUUGGCUCAGGCGUGGCCGAGGCUACACCUGUAUGCCUUUCCCCCAUCGUGCUGCUUUUAGGAGUUCUGGAGAGAGUUUGCCGGGAUGGAGUCUGGUGAUUCGGACGUGAUUCGGAGCAUGGACAACGUGGAAGCGUUCCCAAAGCAUUGUUGACGCAGUGUCUCAUUCCCUCAGGGAGCCAGCGUUACAUAUGUAACCUUGAGACGUUUUUUUAGAACUAUAUGUCCUGCUGCAUUUCUCUCAUCAUCUAAAACAUUUAUUUAUUUAUUUAUUUAUUUAUUUAUUUAUUUAUUUAUUUAUUUAUUUAUUCAUCUGCUUAAUUGGCUCAAGUUCACAGUUGACUGCUUGGCUUCUCUGGACAUAAAUGUGAACAGUAGCAAUAAAAAUGUUUAUUAAUUAUAAUAAUUUUGUGUUGUUAGCAAGCAUUCAGUAUUGGAGCCCAGAGGGGAACGUCGGCGGACAUUAAAGAGAACCCCGAUUUUUAUUAAAACAGAUCGAUGUAAACUACACAUUCGAGUUAAUUGAUAAAAUCGAUUUAUCGCCCAGCCCUAAUUCAGUAUAAUAACCACACUGUGCUGCCACUUUAUCACAUGAGCUUUUAAACAAAACCUCUCCAUCAUCUACACCAUCUGCAUCAAAUCUUCAUUUAUUAUUAUUAUCAUUAUUAUUAUUAUUCAAGGGUAGGACUGUGGUGAGACCUGAGAUGUUGUAUGGAUUAGAGACAGUGGCAUUGAGUAAAAGACAGGAGGCGGA